CUGUUGCCCUCCUCCGUAUAUCUACCGCUCCUCCCCAUUCUCCCUUCUUGAAUGCUUUUGGCCCAUCCGUUGUUACUGAUUUGAUAUCCCGCCCCAUCCGGAGACCUGCAUAACUCGCCGCCUACUUCUCACAUCGCUGCUCCUUUUCACGCUCGACCAGCCACGAAAUACGGGUCUCCCACCAAAGGAUUACGAGGCAAUCGAACCCGGUAAUCCUCUUCGUUGGAUGUCAUCAACAUGUUUUAAAUUGUAGAUAAAUUCCCUAUCCUUCGUUUGGUUCGUGCUGUCGGUUGCCUUUUUCGUUACAUAUUGCUUUCCGCGGCUAGCAUCCGUCAGCAGCCACGCUGGCAGACUUUUUCCGCGACAUGCGGACCCGACGAGGAAAGCAUGAGGAGGGAGAGGAGCCGGUGGAACCGGAUCCGAAGAAGAUAAUAUCGCCGUCCAAGAGAAGGCAAGCUCGCGAUUUUUCUCAUCUGCCAAAACGAGUACAGGCGGAGAGGAAUGCCAAGAGACCUCCACCAAAGACUUCAUGGGACCAUCAGGUCUUCCGAAUCAAAGGCCUGGAUCGCUUUCGAUUAGCUCGGAUUUUUGGGGCUGGCUCGGAGGACUCAAGAGAUGAUCCGUUUGGUUCAUCGACCCAGUCGUCAUUUGAUGUGAAUGGCACACAUCCUGUCACCGACCACAAUGACGGUGACCAGGGAUAUGACCAAGAAUUGUACGAGCCUGACAAAGAUUUGGAUGGCCCGGCUUUGAGUGCGAACUCUUCUCAAUCCACACAUCCAGCCGUGAAGAAUGAAUCUGCGACGAGAAACCAUUCGCAACAAUCGAAACUGUCUGAGACAUCGGUUGAUUGCAAUAACGGAGUCCGGGCGGAAGCACUUCCUACACCCGAUGCGGAUGCAGUUGGGACCAGAGAAAUCGGGAAUACCAAGCGUGGAUCAGAUGUCCCCGAGCAUGAGACUGCGAAAGACGAGGAAGAUAUUGAGAUCAUCGAGGAAGAAUUGCCCUCCGAAGCCUUCCCUCCUCCCUAUCUAUCCGAUCGGGAAGCUGCCGACUUCGAGGAGGAGCCGGACCUCGAUGCAGAGGUGGUCGCCCUCCUCAAAUCCCGAUUUAAAAGAUUACCGAACCCACACGCGUUCGUGCAAGAGCUGACGAGGUUUCCUGCGAAGAACCGAAGUUCCGAUGUGCUCUAUCGUCUGGCUGAAAAUGCACAGGAAGCCUUGGUGGCUUGGCAGGAUGAAUUUCUCAAGCUCGACGCAUUCAUCGCGAGGAACACCAACCCGCCGCGGAAACGAGCGACGGGUGGACGCCAGCAACUCGGCGCCGAGGUGGCGGAUGCGAUGAAAGAGGCGGACAUCUAUGGAUAUCGGUACGAUGCUCGGAGAGGUCCAGGAAUGCAGGUGCCUGAGCUGCAGCGUUUCUUCGAUGAUGAAGAUCAUGCGGAGGGUCGCUUGCUGCGACGACGGAAGCCGCAUAACGAAUACGCUAUGAGCGACGAUGACGCUGCGAACACCGAAACAGGGAAGCGGAAGCGAAAAGCCGUGCAUCGCUAUGAUGCCACCCCAGAAGAUGGAUCGCGAAAGCGGAUGAGACAGACCCCAGAUCCGGUCCAUGUUCGGCGACGCGGACGUCCUCCACUCAAAGCUCCACCAAACGCGCUCCUUCCGCCGCGCAUCCAGGCCAUGCGCGCAAUGCGCGAGCAAAGCACCGCAUCUACCUCGGUCACGACGAGCGAUGAUGAGGACCGUGGAUCGACGCCGGAGAAGCCGACGAAACGUAGGGGCCGGCCUCCUGGGAGCAAGAACCUGUAUCCACGGAGCGACGCGGGGAUCAAGAAGGGACCGAGGAAGAAGCUGGUGAGUCUGGAGGAGACGGUGCCGGGGAACGUCAUGGCGAGGGAGCCACCCGAGAAGAUCCCCGGAAUAAAAACGGAUGCGAAACCAAGUGACGACGCCGUCCAGAAAGCCGCCAAAAUCAAGUCCGAAAGCCGCUCCGAAAGCAUGACGCUCUGGUGGAAAAAGCGCAAAGCCGAGCAAGCCGCCGCGCAAGACGAGCGCACCCGCCUCGACGCGGAGCGGAAACCUCCCCACUCGCGAUCCAACUCCACCACCCUCCC